AUGAAGCGCAAGGCAGAUACUCAAUCCAAUGGCGAGAAUGGCAAAACCAUUCUGAAGAAACGUGCAAAGAAGUCAUUAUCAGAUGAAGAUGCUAGGAAAUCCUUUAAAAAAGGUCUUUUCGAUAAAGAGAUUCUCAAAAAGUAUACCAAAGAAUAUGCCAGCUCGGAACCAUAUAAACACCAAGUUAUAAGUCCGUUGAUCGACGAUGCUCUUCUCCGCAGUGUUCGCAACGAAAUUCGAGAAAAUGUUCACUUUACACCUAAGGAAACGGACAUUUAUAAGAUUCAUCAAUCGGGAGACUUGGCGAAUUUGGAUGGUUUGGAUGAUGGGGCGCUGGAAAAAUUGCCUUCUUUACUUAGGCUACGGGAUGCAUUGUACUCAUCAUCAUUUCGAAAAUAUGUUGCGAAGAUUACGGGUUCUGGAGAAUUAAGUGGGAGGAAGACGGAUAUGGCUAUCAAUGUUUAUACGCCAGGCUGUCAUUUGUUAUGUCAUGAUGAUGUGAUUGGGAGUCGGAAAGUUAGUUACAUUUUGUAUUUGACUGAUCCAGAUGUGGCUUGGAAGGAGGAAUGGGGUGGAGCUUUGAGGUUAUUUCCUACCAAGGAAUUUGAGGAUGAUGGUGUGAAAACUGUUACUCCCAGCCCCGAUACUUCGAAAAGUAUUCCGCCAGCAUGGAAUCAAUUGAGUUUCUUUGCUGUGCAGCCCGGCCAAAGCUUUCACGACGUCGAGGAAGUAUAUCAUGCUGCAAGUAAAGAACAAUUGGAGAAGGAUGGCGGUAGGGUCAGAAUGGCUGUUAGCGGAUGGUUUCAUAUUCCUCAAAUUGGGGAGGAAGGAUAUGUCAAGGGAGCCGAAGAGAAAUGGGGCAAAAAUAGCAGUUUGAUGCAAUUGCAGGGCAACCCCGAUAAAUACGAUUUCCCAACCGAAGAGCCAGUUACUGUGGUGGCAUCGACGGCUGACGACGAUGAGGAAAACGGUCUUGAAGAGGCUGAUUUGGACUUCUUGCUAAAAUAUAUGGCGCCUACAUACCUGACACCGGAUACCCUGGAGCAAGUUGCCGAGCGUUUUGAAGAGGAGUCAAAUGUUACUCUUGAUGGUCUCCUAUCGGUCAAGUUUGCAGCUAAAGUACGAGAAUACGUUGAAGCACAAGAGGCCGCAGGUCUACCAGAGAGCAGCGUGGAGAUAGAGAAAGGCUCCUGGAAAGUCGCAAAGCCACCUCACAAACACCGUUUUCUCUAUCAGCAACCAUCUGCCAAUAAAAGUUCUAAUAGCACAAAUGAAUUGAAUCCGAUCGAAGAGAUUCUCAACGUUCUACUUCCGAGUACUCAAUUUAGAAAAUGGCUUGAAAUUGCUACAUCAUGUCAAGUUGAAAAUUACGAUCUCUUGGCACGCAGAUUUCGCAAGGGUUCAGAUUACGCUCUUGCAAAGAAUUACGAGGGUGAGCCGAGAUUGGAAGUUGAUCUGGGAUUAACGUCUACAACUGGAUGGGGCGAUGAUGGUGAUGACGAAGAGAAUGAAGAGAAUGAGGAUGAUGACGAUGAGGAAGAGGAGGAAUCCAAACCCAAAUCUAAGAGCAAGACUAAAGAAAAGCCAAAAGAAAAGAAAAAGGCACCAAAGCCCCAAAAAGAUCCUGAACCGGAGCCCGAAGAAGAGGAUGUUGGAGGUCAUUUAGUUUUCAUGGCAGGGGAUGAAGAGAAUGAUGAGGAUGCAGCAAUUUACAAAGCUGCAGGGGAGGAAGAAGAUGAUGGAGUUCUUUUCACGAUGCCGGCUUCGUGGAACAAAAUGAGCAUUGUCUUGAGAGAUGGUGGUGUUUUGAAGUUUGUCAAAUACGUAAGCAAAAAAGCAAAAGGAGAUCGCUGGGAUAUCAGUGGUGCUUUUGGUGUCAAAGAAGGAGACGACGAAGAUGAUGAUGGUGAGGAGGAAGAGGAGGAGGAAGGGGAAGGUGAAGGUGAUGCUAUACAGGAGACACAAAUCUCACUGGAAGACUCCGAUGAAGAAGGGACUUUUAAUGGUUUCCCUGACUCGGAUCUUGAUAGCGAUUCGGAUUAG